AUGCGGCUUUGUUCAUCUAUAAGUCUAUCGUUUCGUUUAACUGUUUACUGGUAAUUUGUCACGUGAACAGUGUAAAGGACUGAAACAAACGAGAUCUGAUUAAUUGCGACCUAUAGUAAUAACUAUGUUCGGUCGUGUGUUUAUGUCAAAUUUUCGUAAUAUAUCGCUGCUGUCGAGAGUAUGGAACGGACCUAAUGGAGCAUUGGCUGGCAAACAAGCCGAGCAAAAAAUGAUAGCAAUCUUAAGGAACAAAUUUCCUAAAGCUAGAAGCAUUGAAGUAAACGACGUUUCAGGAGGAUGCGGUGCAAUGUUUGAAAUAAAUGUCAUUGCACCUGAAUUCAAAGGAUUAAAUACUAUCAAACAACAUCGGAUGAUAAAUGAAGCACUUAAGCAGGAGAUCAAAGAUAUGCAUGGAAUAAGGAUAUAUACAAGUGUUCCUGAAUCCUAGGCAAUUCUUAGUUCUUUAGAGAGGUCUUUCUUAUA